AUGGACCUGCUCGCAGACUCGAUAGCGAGGCCGGUCUCGGCAAUUCCUGCUCUAGAUCCAUCUCCUCCAUCAGACUCGACAACAGAAGCAGGCUGUGGAGAGAAGUUGGUCCAUGCAAUGCACACCCUAACCAUUGAGAAGCCUUGCCCAGUUUGUGAAGCAGAGCGUGAGGCACGCCUGGCAUCAUUUCAGGCUCGGAUGCGGGAUGAUAUGGGUCAACGAAUGAGCACCAGACUUACCAGUAUGAACAACGGCGCUGGCUGGCGAGGGCGACAAUUUCGAGCCACGAGCACCUCGUCUCCAAGGCCAAUCAUCAACUUCAAAGCGGGAGACUUCUCAAGUGCUUCGAGCGAAGCCUGUGAGGAUGAGGACCUCCCAUCCGCAUCACUCGGUUCUCGAAGACCCAGUGCCACCAACAGUGUGAGGACUGAUGUCAGCAUCGCAGGCAGUACUGCAGUAUCGGUGCAAGACGCGUUCGGAAGUUUCAUGCGAGGUGUCAAAGGAAGUUGGAACGUGCCAGAUGGGAGAAGCUUGUUUUCACCUUCUUUGUCCUCAACAGGGCGUCAGUCUACUCUUGCAUCUCCAGUAUCGCCGCGCUCGAGAACUCCGGUCGCUGGCGCUCUCGGUGCUGCUCAUUCUUCGGUGCAAUCGGUUGACGCAAAGAACCCGUUGCCCGACAUGAGCAGUGGUGGUCGUGCCAUGCUCUCGUUUGGCGGGUUAGCAGACUGA